UCACAAUUUGUAGGUAGUACAAGAACUGAAAAAUAAUUUUUGGUUGCCAGUAUACCUGUAGUCGUUGCACUGAUCAGUCGAUAGUUUUGUGAUAAAUUAUUUCUCAAGUGAAUUAAAUUAUUAACCAUGGGACGUGAUUCUAGAAAGGUUUCAAGAGAACUUCGGAGUUCUGAAAAAAUUAAUAAGUCGCGUUCAGUCAAAAGAAAGAAUGUUUUUAAUCCGAAAACAGCCGAACGUGAUGAAAGUAUUCAGAGUACAUCUUCUAAAAAAUUAAAACAAAACACUGAAGAUGAUGUACCUGAAGACAGCAGUACUGAAUUUCGAAUAAUAAAUUUUAUUCAGGUAUUCACUGCAAUUUCUGCUCUUAUAAAAUGUAAAAAAUGUGAUGGAAAUGUAGUGUUUCAAACAGCAAGUACACGUGGGCUGGGAUUCAAAAUUGUAGUUGCAUGUAAUAACUGUGGAAAUGAAUAUAUUCCUUCCUGUUCUUUCGUUGGGCAUUCUUAUGAAAUAAACAGACGUUUCAUUUUUGUAAUGAGAAUACUAGGAAUAGGAUACGAAGGAUUGUGCAAGUUUUGCGGCCUGAUGGACAUGCCGUCUUUUUUAGAUAAAUCUACGCAUACAAUUUUACUGAAACAGAUUUUGAAUUGUAGUAAAGCCGUCGCAGAAACCUUCAUGACGAAAGCUGUGAAUGAAGAAAAGCAAGCAAUGCCAACAACUGAAAAUGAAGAUAUAAAUCAUCUAACUGUAUCGGGAGAUGGAACCUGGCAAAAACGGGGAUAUACAUCGUCAUUUGGAGUUUCUUCUAUAAUUGGCUAUUUUACUGGAAAGAUUCUUGACAUAAACAUUAAAAGUGCAUAUUGUAAGCUAUGUGAGUAUUGGAAAAAAAAAACAAAUACUGUUGAGUUCGAGGAAUGGUAUCAAUCGCAUGAAGAUGUGUGUUCUGCUAAUCAUCAAGGGUCUUCUGGGAAAAUGGAGGUGGAUGCGAUGGUCGAAAUGUUUUCGUAUUCUGAAACUAAAUAUGGAGUUAAGUAUGCCAACUAUAUUGGUGAUGGUGACUCCAAGACCUAUUCAGGAAUUAUAAAAUCAGAUCCUUACGAAAAUACAACUGUAAAUAAAAAGGAAUGUAUAGGGCAUGUCCAAAAGCGGAUGGGGAGUCGAUUACGUACGCUGAAGAGUAAACAAAAAGGUCUUGGUGGUCGAGGUAAGCUCACAGGAAAAUUAAUAGACAAACUAACUGUGUACUAUGGUUUAGCAAUACGCCGGCAUUGUGAUUCUAUUGAAAAUAUGAAAUCUGCUAUAAUGGCAACCUUUUAUCACUACGGCUCGAGUGAUGAAAAACCGAAUCAUGAUAUGUGUCCAAAAGGCGAAGAAUCUUGGUGCUCUUACCAGCGCGCUGAAGCAAGAGGAGAGCUUGAUACCUUUUCUCACGAUUAUUCUCCUUUACCUUCUGAUGUUUUAAAAGCUAUCAAGCCUAUAUACGAAGAUCUUAGUAAUGAAAAUUUACUUUCAAGAUGUGUAGGUGGAUUCAAUCAGAAUAAUAAUGAAAGCUUUAACCAACUAGUAUGGAAAAUAUGCCCAAAAACGGUAAAUACUAGUUUUACUAUCGUACAAAUAGCUGCAUACGUUGCUAUGUGUAUAUUUAAUGAGGGUAUAAAUUCAUUAUUAGUCUUGAUGAAUACACUUGGACUUAAUUGUGGGCCUAAUUCUCAUCGGUAUGCAGAAAGAAUGGAUGCUGCACGUAUCAAAGUAGCAGAUAAGCGCGCUAAUGAUAACACCCGAGAAGGUCGAUUGCAACGUAGGCACCAGCAAAUCGAUAUUUUGGAAGCUGCUAUGUCGGCUGAAGAGCUAUUAUAUGGUCCAGGAAUAGAUGACUCAGUAUGAAUCUCCAAGGACUUAUGAUGAUCACCGCAAAGGACUUCGGGAGGAACGGGCUCUACAAAAACAGCGAUAACUUUUUGAAUUAUUAAUUUUUUUUUUUGAAAUUUUCGUGAAGUCAAAUCGAAACGUGUUCUAAUAAAGCUAUGUUUUUAUUUUUGUCAAAUAAAGUAAUU